UGAAGAGCAGUGAUGUAGAGCAGUGAAAGAGCAGUGAUGAAGAGCAGUGAAAGAGCAGUGAUGAAGAGCAGUGAAAGAGCAGUGAUGAAGAGCAGUGAAGAGCAGUGAUGAAGAGCUGAUUUAGUCCAAUCAGCUGCAAACACCACAAAGGCACUGAAGAGAUCCAUAUCAUUGAUCAGCUGUCACACAGUCGAUUCAGCGCUUGUGUGGUUUAGUCUAAAGAGUCAAAAGUGUUUAAAAGCUGCUGCAGAAAACCAAAGGCCGUCUCCACCAACAGGUAUCGUCCUGGCGGCUCCUCCAACUCCUCCCCCUCGGCCCUGUCAUCACUGGGGGAGAAGCAUCCUCCUCUCCUGCGGAGCUGCUCCUCUUUGGACUGACUUUUCACAGUCCGAUGCCCCAGCAGCACUCAGCGGUCAUGGCCGGCAGUCUGACCCACCACGGCUCCCCGGACCCGGGCUACAGCUCCAGCAAGGCCGCCCCGGUCCCGGUGCCGGUGCCGGUGCCGGCCAUCACGCAGACGAACUCCAGGGACAAGUGGAGCAAAAAGAUGGACUUCCUCUUGUCUGUCGUCGGUUUUGCGGUGGACCUGGGGAAUGUUUGGAGAUUUCCGUAUAUAUGUUAUCAAAACGGCGGUGGUGCUUUCCUUAUUCCCUACAUUCUGAUGGCCAUCUUUGGUGGCGUGCCGCUCUUCUACAUGGAGCUGGCCCUGGGACAGUUCCACAGAACUGGAGCCAUAUCCAUAUGGAAACACAUCUGUCCCAUUUUCAAAGGUAUAGGAUAUGCCAUUUGUAUCAUCGCUCUGUAUGUGUCUUUCUACUACAACACCAUCAUCGCCUGGGCCCUCUUCUACUUCUACCACUCUUUCUCGAGUAUCUUGCCUUGGACAAACUGUGACAAUGUAUGGAAUACCCCGGACUGCACCAACUAUUUUGGCAUGGACAACGUCACCUGGACGAAUUCCUCCAGGUCGCCGGCAGAGGAAUUUUACACGAGGAAUGUUCUCGAGAUCCACAAGUCAUCAGGCAUUAGGGACGUCGGGGGUGUUCGCUGGCAGUUGAUACUCUGCCUUUUUCUCAUUUUCACCAUUGUGUACUUCAGCCUGUGGAAGGGAGUGAAGACGUCAGGGAAGGUAGUGUGGGUGACCGCCACCUUACCCUACAUCGUGCUUUUCAUCCUCCUAAUUCGAGGAGCCACUCUGCCAGGAGCCUGGAGAGGUGUGGUCUUUUACCUGAAACCACAGUGGGGGAAGCUGCUGGAGACCAGUGUGUGGGUCGAUGCUGCUGCUCAGAUAUUCUUCUCUCUGGGGCCAGGGUUUGGGGUCCUCCUGGCUCUCUCCAGCUACAACCCUUUCAACAAUAAUUGCUAUCGUGAUGCCAUCGUGACAAGUUUGGUGAAUUGUCUGACCAGCUUUGUGUCAGGGUUUGUGAUCUUCACUGUGCUGGGCUACAUGGCAGAGAUGAGGAAGGUGGAGGUUGAGGAUGUAGCUAGGGAUAAAGGUCCAAGUUUACUCUUCAUCACGUACCCAGAGGCCAUCGCGAACAUGAUGGGCUCAACCUUUUUUGCGAUCAUCUUUUUUGUGAUGAUGAUCACGCUGGGACUCGACAGCACUUUUGGUGGGCUGGAGGCGAUCAUCACUGCUGUGUUGGAUGAAUACCCUGAUCAAUUAUCUCACAGACGUGAACUUUUUGUUCUGGGCUUGGUAGUUGUCUGUUUUUUGGGCUCUCUAAGCACCCUUACAAAUGGUGGCGCCUAUGUGGUGAAGCUGCUGGAGGAGUUUGGAGUCGGAAGCUCUAUCAUUGCUGUGGGUUUCCUUGAGGCCAUUGCUGUUUCCUGGUUCUACGGCAUCAACAGAUUCAGCAGUGAUGUUCAGGCCAUGUUGGGCAAAGCUCCAGGUUUAUUCUGGCGGGUGUGCUGGGUCGCCAUCAGUCCAGCUUUUCUGGCGUAUAUCAUAGUGAGCUCCCUGCUGAAGGCGCCGUCCCUCACACUGUUUGAUUAUAAGUACCCAGACUGGAGCAUCACAGUGGGAUACUUCAUUGGGUUCUCCUCCUUCAUGUGGAUCCCCAUCUACAUGGUCUACAAGCUGGUGUGGACCCCCGGAUCUCUCAAACAGAGGCUGGCUGUGUGUCUAAGACCAGAGAGGACCCUACCGGACAUCCACACAGACAGCCUCAACAUGGUUGCCGUGCCAUAGAAGAGAAAAACACCUCAACACAUGAGAAAACACACUUGUAGCCGCCCAUUCGAGCCACAGUUUUAGAUCACCUGUGACCAAGCGUGGACAUUAUCUGACAUCACGACUGUUACCUGCUUAUGAUGUCAAACAUGUCAACGUCCAUUGCACACGCACAAACUCCCACACAAAAAUGGUAAAUGCUGCUAAUCUUGUAAUUACUGAUAAGAGGAAAUGAGAUGGCAAUACUCAUAUCUUCACUGUAUGGUCCAUCUGUGGGAUUCAGAUUUACCUGCAGUACAUCACCAGGGUAGUUCAUACUGUGAUUUUCACACAUUGGCCAUUUUCAAGUGUUGCAUUCUUGUGGUUGUAGGAGUUAGAAGUAAAUGGUCUGUCUCUUCCCUUAAUCAGCUUUGUUUGUCUCACACGAUCAUGAUGCCAAGGAAAACACAUUUCUUUAACUAAAUGAGGUUUAGUACAUCAUUCUUGUUGCAUGGAGACCUUUUUCUCUUAAAUUUUAUAAUUAUUUAUAUUACAUUUUGAAAGCUUGAUGAGAUCAGCUCUGUGCAACACCAGCACAACAUCUGUGUCUCAAACUGUUUUUCACCACUAAACUAAUCAUGAGAGUAGUGCUUGCAUAAUUACAUGUAACUGAAAUGAAUCCUCAGUUUAUCCAUUCAGAUUAACAACAUAUUCCUUACAGCAAACUUCUUUUUUCCUGUAUGGACAGGGCCUCUCAGGAGAAAUAUUAAAUGGGACCAAAUCUUAAUCAGUUUAACAGUAAAUUACAGUACCUUCUUUAUUUUUGUCCAUGCUGUAUUUUAUAUUUAUACAGUAGAUCUGUAAUACUGUGCUUGCAUAGGAUUUCAUGCCAGUUUCUGGAUAUAUCUGCUAAAAGUGUUUUGUUUUUCCCAUUUGUAAUGGAGGUAAGUGAGGCACUCGGACAAAGACCCUGUCAAUGAUAAUCUUCUCAUUCUAAUUAUAGUGUAUCAUUUCACAUAGAAAGUAGAUGAUUUGCACUUUCUUGUGAUAUCUAACAAGCAUUUUCAAACAAUGUGCAACUGUUGUGUAUUAUUGUUGUUCUUCAAACUCACAAUGAACUGUUUUGGUCUUCAUCUGAUGGCUUCAUUUAACUCCACCGAGACUGUUUUGCCUUAACUUGCCUAAUACACUGUAUGUACGAAACUUGUAAAGGUUGUAUUGAUAUUUAUUGAUACUGUGCCUCUCCAGACAACGUUUUCACUCUUAUUGACGACUGAUCAAAUGUUUUUGCAGAUAUACAGUAUAAUAUAUCUAGUCACGUGUUAACUUAUAAAAAGCGCUUUAUACUUUGUUUAUAUUCAGAGAAUAAUGCAAGAGCAAGGUAAUGAUUGUUGUGUGAUGUCAGUCCUCUUCAACAUGGUGUCUGUAGUAAGAUUUAAAAAUAUAAAUUGAUUGCAUUAUAAAUUGCCAAUUUCAUAUUUGUGCUUCUUUUCAUUCCUGGAGUUUUAAACAUGAAUUUAAACAAACAAAUAAACAGUAUUUUAAGCAGUUGAAUUCCACUAUCUAAAAAAACCCAAGAGAUUUGUUUUGUUAAUCUCCAUACAGUGAGUGUCAUGUCUUUGUAAUGGUUGUUGGCUGUUGCUGCUCACCUCCAUUAGAUUUUCUAAUUAACAAGCUAAUUUGCAAUAUCCAGAAUCCAUCAACAUCCAAGGGAAUAGAGCAGCAUCUGCCUUCAAAUGCUCACAGCGCCCGUCAGAUCUUUACUCAUUCAACUGUGUUUUAAUUCCCAGUUUAGGCCCGACCACUUCAAGGACGUCAGGUAUGAACAUACACGAGGGUAGACGGUGGUUUGGAACAUAUGAUUCCCCUCCGAGCUGCUGGUUGAUAGACAAGCAGAUCAAAGCCCUUUUGUGUCAGUGACUGCCAUUGAAGUAGAGAACAGGCGAGCAUGGGAGACACAUAAAAGAGACUCUGCUAAAUGGAAGGUUCCUCCUUUGCCUGACAUGGACAGAUCUCCCUGCAAAAAAACUGAGGCAAAAAAAUCUUGAAAUGAACCCUCAUAAGACUCUUAUGACCUUAGAGUCUAAAGUUGAUAUGAGUAUACAUAAGAAGUAUGCUGCAAGAAUUGGGGAAAUUCACACAUGAUAGAAAUCACAUUUUAGCCAAAUUUAACAGUAAAAUUUGACUUUGGGAUGAUACAGGUUUACUAAUUUUAACAUGACUCCAGAUAUUGUUCAUUUUCCCCCCUGACUUAUUGACUUUGUCAGUUGAAAGUGUGUAUUCGCCAGAUUAAUACAUUUUUCCACAUCAACAUCUUUUUUUCUUUUUCAAAUGUUAUCUGCCCUGGACCAAAGAGUACCUUGUGAAUUUUUAAACAUAUAUUUCCAAACAGAUGCACUUCUUUUGAAUUUUUUCAAUUUAUUUCUUCACUCUCAAAUAAAAUGAUGACGACACAGUU